AACAAGGGGGCAAUCACUUUUUCACACAGGGCCAUGAUGGUUUGGAUUUUUUUCUCCUUUAAUAAUAAACACCUUCAUUUACAAAUUGCAUUUUGUGAUUACUUGUGUUGUCCUUGAAUAUUGUUUAAAUUGGUUUGAUGUUCCGAAACACUUAAGUGUGACAAACAUGCAAAAAAACAGCAAAUGAGGAGGGGGCAAACACUUUUUCAUYUCACUGUAGUUUUUCACUUUUGGAAAUGUUCUGCAGUUCAUCCAUGCAUCUAAACCUGCGAGAGAGGAGGUAGCAACAGAGGUGUAUGAAGAUGAAGUGGAUCUGCAACGCUCUGCUUCAUGCCUUAACAGCAGCUUCCGCUCUGCUUGGAGUGAGCGCAGCAUGGAUCCAGAUGACUUCCGGGAUGAACUAAAGAAGUUGUAUGCUCAGUUAGAAGUACACAAGACAAAGAAGAUGACAGCAAACAACCCUCAUCUGUCAAAAAAGCGCAGUUCUCGAUGUGCACUGGGGAGAUCGCUUAUAAAACGCAUUGCUGAGUUCCCAGAAAKUGUGAGCCGGCAGUGCAGCCGUGAAGAGAGAGAUGGAUCUUUCUGCAGCAGACGUGGGAGUCACUAUGACUCUUUUAGGAGGUCCCCAGAUACCAUAAGUAUCAGUUACCGAAGUUCAAUAAAAUCACCAUCACCAUCCAUACGCAAGUCCCAAAGUGAUCAUCACUAUUUCAGAGAAAGAGGCUCUUCAUUUCGUGAAUUCAKAUUAAAGGCCAAUUCUGUGAAGAGGUCCUCCCAGCGUUCUGAGACAGAUUCAUUGGACAUUCCACCAGGGGUCUGUAAGUCAGCCAGUGCUCACAAUUUAACAAUUGAUACUAACCUCUUGCAUCCUGAUCACACCAGGCUUCAUAAAUCCUGGAGCCUAAGCUCCUCUACCACCCAUUCUAUAGAGAACAUACCAAAAGUAUCCAGGUCAAACACAAUGCGGUCCAGGCAGAGCAUUUCCAUAAGUGACCAAACCAGGAGUGCUCUCCAGUCUGAGUCAUUUGACAAGGCUGAGAUCUGUCCUUGGGAAGUGGAACCAGAACAACCAGAGGAAAAGAACCAAAAGCAUGUCACAUAUGCAAGCUCCAAGGAUAUUGAAGAAAACGGCCCAGCUUCCCCCCAAAUGCUUGUCUGUCCCUGGGACCAUUUACCAAUGUUGGAAAAGUCUUCUUCAGUGGAAAAAGGACCACAAGCUGCCAGCGUGUCCUCAAAAACACCUGUUACAGUGUCUGCAAGUGCACCAGGCUCUCCAAGACCAAAGGUGGCAAAGGAUCAGCGUGUUUUCUCCUUCCGCACCACAACUAAUAAGUGGCUGCAUGUAAGAUCAUUUAUGACAUCCAUGGAUAGCAGCAAGUCCAAAGAUGAAAAUUUAAAUAGAGAAGAUUCUAGUUCACAAAAAAGCCAUGAAAGUACAUCCACAACACCAAGGUCUGGGACAUCUAGUAGACGUCCAAGCAUAGAAAUUAGAUCAUUUCAGAAAAGAAGUAUGUCAACCACAGAGGGUAAACCCUGCCUUGUGAAGCAGAAUGCYGUCAGACUGUCUUCUACUGAUUCUUCGGAUCGAAGCCCACGAAGACUUGUGAUAGUAAAAUCUGGCAUUUGCCCGGGCAAUACUGAUGAUAUACAAAAAGAUGGUAACUAUGAACAUGUAUUUUUAUCAAGACAGAGCAGCAAACGUAGUAGCAUUAGUUCCUGGGAGACUGCUAGCAGCUCUAGAACCCCUUCAACUCGUAGAAGGGGUAGUAAUCGAAUUAGACCAGCCUGUAAUGUAACUUACACAGAUACCUGUUCUUGGGAUGGGGGUGGUGAACCAAAGAAAGACCAAAACACCAUAGCAAACAGUUGCUCCCAAGAAUUGCAGGUAUCAGAACGAUCUAAUGUCUGUCCAUGGGAAUCACAAGAACAAGGGAAACUAAGGAUGCAAGAAAUUGGUCGGGGUCAAGUGCGUCCAUGGGAAUCGCAAGAUAUUUCUGUCACGUCGCCAACCACCCUGUUAAAAGAUCCACAGACUCAACAAUCCAUGAAGCAAGUAGAGAGCGCAUGUCCUUGGGAAGCUGCAGAAACUCCUCAAAUUUCAAUAAGACAAGACAGUGAAUAUGCCAGUGUUUGUCCAUGGGAUGUUCAAGACAAAGCUGAAGUUGUAUAUGAAAACCUAAAUCCUCUAGACACCAAAGACUCACUGGCUGUACCUCUUCAUCAAGAAGUUAUGAAAUCUACCAUCUAUCCUGGUUCGUCCAGAGAGGUUUUAAGCAAUGACGCAUCAUACAACACAAUGUCUCCUGUCUUAAAUCAGAGAGGACAGCUGUCCAAAGCAACUGAAGGCUGUCCAUGGGAUUUUCCUGAUCCACCUAAAACUAUGGAAAAUGUUUUUCCAUGGGAAAAGGGUAGCAAAGAAUUUACAAAUGCAGACUUAUCAUUGGAAAUGACAGCUAAAGUAGACAUUUGUCCUUGGGAAACUAGAAAUAAAAGGAAACCAGAUGUGUCAGCAAAAGUUGCAUCCGGACAAACUCAAGAGACAGAAAGUGCAAGAGUGUGUCCCUGGAAAAUUGAGCAUCAUGAACAAAAUGCAGCUACCAAAAUGGUGUCACAAGGGCAAAAACAACUAUCAGACAUUUGUCCAUGGGAGACAAAUGCAUCUGAGGUACUUCAAGUGAAAGAAGCACAGCCAUCUGACACUUCCACCACAAAAGUUCUAAAAGAGGAAGACAGUAGUCAGGCAGAUGUUUGUCCAUGGGAGACGAAAGAACCCAAUCCUCUCAAAAAGAAAGACAGUGCUCUGACAGAUGUUUGUCCAUGGGAAGAACCAAGAGCCCUCAAAAAGAAAGACAGUACUCUGACAGAUGUUUGUCCAUGGGAGACUGAAGAACCAAGAACCCUCAAAAAGAAAGACAGCGCUCUGACAGAUGUUUGUCCAUGGGAGACGAAAGAACCCAAUCCUCUCAAAAAGAAAGACAGUGCUCUGACAGAUGUUUGUCCAUGGAAAGAACCAAGAGCCCUCAAAAAGAAAGACAGUGCUCUGACAGAUGUUUGUCCAUGGGAGACUGAAGAACCAAGAGCCCUCAAAAAGAAAGACAGUGCUCUGACAGAUGUUUGUCCAUGGGAGACUGAAGAACCAAGAGCCCUCAAAAAGAAAGACAGUGCUCUGACAGAUGUUUGUCCAUGGGAGACUGGAGAACCAAGAGCCCUCAAAAAGAAAGACAGUGCUCUGACAGAUGUUGCAAAAAAACAAGAUGGCAUCAAUGAAUGUGUUUGCCCAUGGGAGAAGGAAGAAACUAAAGUGUUCAAAAAUCAAGACAGUACAAGAGGAGACAUUUGUCUGUGGGAGACAGAGGACCCAAAAAUGCCCCAAAACCAAGAAAGUAGUCAAGCAGGUCUGUCAGAAACAAUAGACCAUAAAGAUGCAACAGAAGAAGAACAAGAUGAAGAAAAUGUAUGCUCCCUUGAGAGCAAAGAAAUUCACACCAAUGGAGCAGAAAACAUUUUAGUUUCAAACAGUAACAAAUAUGAAGUCACAGAAACCCAGAGGCCACUCAGCGUAAAUGAGACUCUGGGAGAUGUGAGCACAGAGCAGGCAGAUGAAGCUAAAUCAAGCUUAGCCUUGGGUCGUCGUGAUGCUUUGUGUCCAUGGGAGAUCAUACGGAGUGCAUCCGGCUCGUUUACGGACAAUGCCUCAGAUGUCUUCACCUGGGAGCCUGAGAACAUUCCAGAGGAAGAUGAGGAAGAUGAUGCAGAGUGUGCUGCUGAGGCUCUCAUUUUCCCACCUGACUGAUCCAAACGUAGCUGGUUCACUUUCACCCUCCUGGAAUGUGAACUCUACAACCUCUACUGGUUUACAGGUAACAGCAACAAGAAACUGUUUUUUCGAGUAGUGAACUACACAUGGAACACACACUUAAGAUAGACAACUACAGUGGGUAAAAAAMUGUUUAAUCAGCCACCAAUUGUUCAAGUUCUCCCACUUAAAAAGAUGAGAGAGGCCUGUAAUUGACA